CCUACCUGUUGAGCUCUUAAUUAAAGUCCUCUAAACCAUCCUGUAACAUCCACCAUCAGCAGAAGCAGAAGAAUCCCCUUCCAAGCGUCGAUUCCACGCGUUAGCAGAAGAGAUCGGGCAGAUGGCAGGUUGCGGCCGAAGGUUCGCCGCCGGCGAUGCUCCGGCGAGACGGUGCAACCUGGAGCGGUUCCUCGAGGCCACCACGCCUGUGGUUGCAUCGAGCUCCUCCUCCAAGGAGAGCAUGAACGGUUGGAGGCAAUCUGAUGCAGAUGCGCCAUUACCAUUUUUCACUCUGGGUGAACUCUGGGAUGCAUUCAGGGAGUGCAGCGCAUACGGCACCGCGGUGCCAAUUGUUCUGAAUGGUUGUGCCGAUGGCGUUGUUCAGUACUACGUCCCUUACUUAUCUGCAAUACAGCUUUACGGCGGAUUCAGGAGACAUAUCGGCCCUUCGAGGACAAACGCAGAGGAGAGCGACAGCGACUGCUGCCAAGAUACAGUUAGCGAAGAAACCAGCGACUUUGAGCAUGAGACGAGCUCCAACACAAAUGCGUUCUCAGCUCAAGAAACCAGUGAAUGUUCUAGCAGCGAAGUUUCAAGCGACGACGGCGAAUCACACGAACAGCUUCUGUUCGAGUUUGUUGAAUCCGAGCCUCCCUACCAACGCGAACCGUUGGCUGAUAAGAUUUCUAGCCUCGCCAAGCGGUUUCCGGAGCUGAUGACUCUGAGGAGCUGCGAUCUGUCACCUGCCAGUUGGUUCUCCGUUGCAUGGUACCCCAUAUACCGGAUCCCAACGGGACCAACGCUGCGCGACCUGGACGCCUGCUUCCUCACGUACCACUCCCUUUCCACACAGUUCGCAGGUGUCGGCCACAACCCAAAACCGGAGGCGACCACCAACCCUGUGACAGCUAUGUGGCUUCCGACGUUUGGGAUGGCGUCGUACAAGCUGAAGGGCGCGGCGUGGGCUCCGGCGGGGCGUGACCGGCAGCUGGCCGCGUCCCUCGCGCAGGCCGCCGACGCCUGGCUCAGGCUCCUGCGCGCUGACCACCCGGAUCACCGGUUUUUCGCCGCUCGGCGCGUGCCCAGGAGGUGAUUCGCUGCCUCGCUGGAGUUCAAUAGCUCGCGGUUGCAUGGACAAGAUCUUGCAAUGCGACCUACAGUACAGACCCUCUUUUAUCAUCUCCCUUUCUCAGAUUGAAGCUAGUAACUUAUGAUUCAGGAUGAUCAAUUGGGAUCACAAAAGCGUGUGCCCUGCCAUUUGGCUGUUUUUGUACUACCUGCGAAGGUUUCAGAGAAAAGUGUAACAACAAUGCAUCGAU